UCAAACUAGACUGGCGUUUCAACGCUUGUGUUGUUUUUUUUAUGGAUUUUGGCAUUCCGUCCGAAAUCACGGUGGUUUAAAGUUUAUGCUUUUGAACUAAAACUAAAGAUCUUUUAAAAUACCUCCUGAAACAUAAAAUAGACUUGUCUUCUCCAAGAGAGCCUGCUUUAAGAUUGUGAGAGAAAAUGUGCUUAAAUCCACUCUAGUAUUUUUUUUUUCAGAAGAGGAAAGUCCUGUUUCAGUUUUCCUCAAAGCAAAACAAAGGAGUUACUCUCUCAUGGCUAAUACCACAACAACUCAAGCCUCAUACAUCACAGUGGAUGCACAGGCUGAUGAAUGCCUUGAAAAUGUUCCACCUAGAGAUCCUAAAGCUGUUGACUCUUCAAAGCUAGAAAAUGCUGAGAAUUUCACCUUACAGUUGGAGGAAGAUGGUGCGGAUGCUUUUAUCUCUUCCACUCCUGCUUCAAAGAAUAAAACCAGUGAUUUCCAGGCAAAGUCGUUGCUGUCAGGUGUCCAGUCUGCUCUAACCCCAGUCUUAAAAGAUCUGAAUAUCUGGAAUAAAAGCGCAUCUCCAGAGCUUUUUAAACUUCAAAACAGUCCUAAUCCUGCUGUUCCUUCUAAUUUUCAUGCUGCAAACUGUCAAAAAUCAACCGGAGAUUCAAGGACACAAAAGAUUGGCGAAGAUAUCUCUAUGAUCAAUGAUGAAUGCUUACCAGAAGUUACUCUGUCCGAUCUUACCUCCGAUUCAAUGUUGUACCUGACAAUGAAUGAUUCAGUCUUCCCUGAAAGACAACAUGCAACUCCUCAGCUUUAUAGUAAAAAGACAAACACUUCAGAUCAUCAAAAUAGCUUUUGUGCAAAGGUGGAUGACUCUGUUCAGAGCGCUAUUUCAUUCAGAGGGAUUUGUAAUGAGUAUUUACAAGACAUUACUCUCCUUGAAGUUACUCGGGCCUCUCCAGUUGGAGACAUGUCCUUCAUGGACAUGGAAGAUGACAGAGCUACUUCUGAUCAUAGUGAUCAAAUUAUGACAGAGAAAUCGGACACAAUCACGAUUGAGGAACUCUCCAGCAAGAGCGGAAAUUCUGCCCAGAGUUCAAGGCAAAACUCAAUUAAGGCAGCCUUGGAGGUAACUCAGGAUGUUACUUUGGAAAACAGCAAGUCUUCAUCUGAAUCCAGUGGACAAAAAGUGGAGAAAUCUCAAAAUCCAGUCGAUAGCACUCAAGUUAUUAAUGUUACUCGUGAUCUAUGCUCCUCUUAUGAUGUCUCUAACAGUGUCGACAUCUCUUCCUCUGGCACAGAAAGAUCAACCUAUGAGGUUUGUCCUGAACCCAGAGGAAACCCUGAUUGCAUAGAGGUUGAGAUGGUCACUAAGGAGUCGCAACAGAGCCCAGAAUCAGAGACUGGUGGACAAAAACUAGAGAUGUAUCAGAGUUCAGACACACUCUGUAUCCAAGCUAUUAAUAUUACUCAAGAAAACCCCCCCGGCUGUGACACGUCUGUACAGACUGCACGCUUGCCUGCUGACAUGGACAAAUCCUCCCCCGAGUUGGAAUCUGAACCCAAAGAAAAACUUGAAGAGCUGCCAACAAGCUGUGACACCGAGUCAACCAACAAGGAGUCGCAACAAACCCUGAAACCAGACGUGUCUGCCAACGGUACAUUUGCACUUGAGCAGCCCUCUAUACAGACCAUUUCCAUCGUCAAUAACGAGACUCUAGAUCUUCCACCAACCAACGUAAGCUAUGCAAAAGAUGUCAAGGAAAGCGGAGAUCAGCAAACUUCUGUCGACUCUAAAACUGAAGCUUCCUUUGUUGUGCAUCAGAGCAGCUCUGAUGCAAAGGAAACCACAUUUGCCGUAGGGCAGAAUGCCACUGUAGAUGGAGAUCCUCUUCAAAAAUCUAAACUCCAUAUCGGUUCCGCCAUGGAGAAAACUCCUGCUCCACUUGGUCAGUGGAACGGCUCAUUUGAUUAUAAGCUUCCCUCACAACUAAACGGCACGAUAACUUUGGCAGAAAUUAGCUCGAAUGACAGUCAUCAAAUUGCCUUGGGCAGCUCCUCCACUUCCAAAGCAAGAAAUGCAACAAUUACCCUUAAAGAUGGCUGUUCUGAAAACAACUCAUCAAAACUCCAAACAAAUGAAGCUGCAGAACCAGAAACCAAGAAGGAUGGAAGCCCAAACAUGACAUUUGAAGCUGCAGAACCAGAAACCAAGAAGGACGGAAGCCCAAACAUGACAUUUGAAGCUGCAGAACCAGAAACCAAGAAGGACAGAAGCCCAAACAUGACAUUUGAAGCUGCAGAACCAGAAACCAAGAAGGACAGAAGCCCAAACAUGACAUUUGAAGCUGCAGAACCAGAAACCAAGAAGGACGGAAGCCCAAACAUGACAUUUGAAGCUGCACUGCAGAACCAGAAACCAAGAAGGACGGAAGCCCAAACAUGA